AUGAAAUCUGGUUAUUCUAGUUAUUUUUCAAAAACACCGAAAAAGACAAUAAGAGGAACUGCAGUUUUUAUGAUCCACGGAGUUGGAGGAAAGUUUAAAGUCUGGUCUCCCCAGAUAACGUUUCUUAAUAAUUAUGGAUUUACGGUUAUAGCCCUGAAUUUAAUCGGUCAUGGAGGAAGUUCUAAACCACGCGAUCAAGCGGCCUACACGUUUGAAAAAAUGUCAAAAGAUGUGUUUGCCAUUUUUGAUAAGUUCAUGAUGCAGAAAAAUGUUAUUGUAGGGCACUCUUAUGGGUGUUGCUUUGCAGCCCUUCUUGCAAGACAAAAACCUGACUACAUUCACGGUUUAAUCAUGAUUAGUGGUGGGGCUCCUAUUCCACUUGGUCCUCAAUUAGGAAUUUUUGGUUUACCUCUCUGUUGUCUGCAGUGCAUUAAAUGCAUUCUGUAUAGAGAAUUUUUGAGUCGAUCAUUCCACAAACCGAAUCGAAAUAAUCUAUGUCAUCUGACUGCUAUAACUGUUCCUAUUUUUGUCUUGAAAAACACACUGAACGGCCAGAGAUGGGACGAGGGUGGGGUAAAUUUUUAUUCAUUGAUAGCUUCACCGACGUUAUUGAUACAGGGCAAAAAGGAUAGACUGAUAUCUGUUGAAGAAGUUUAUUUUAUGAAAAAUACAAUAAAAACUUCGUCGCUAGUGCUAAUGGAGAACGUUGGUCACAUGGUAAUGCUUGAGUCACCGGACGAUCUUAACAGCCUAAUUGCAUAUUUCAUGGAAGAAUUUCUCGAUAAGCAAUCCUUAUCUAUGUCUACAGAAUCCUCUUAA